AUGACCGUCCCACCUUCCAACCCCGACACUUGUACCAAAAUUGGCCAAGUUGUCUACUGGGAAGGUAUUCCGAUCGAAUGUACUAUCGAAGGCACUCUGUACGGCUAUUAUCCCUCGCUCGGCGCCAACGCCUUCUUCGCCGCCUUCUUCGCUCUUUGCUUCAUCGUCCAACUCGUCCAAGGCAUCCGCUACAAGACAUGGACGUACAUGAUCGCACUCUGCCUAGGCUGUCUCGGUGAAGCCGUCGGUUACGGCGGCAGAAUCAUGAUGUACAACGACCCCUUCGCAGACGCCGGCUUCAUGAGCCAGAUUUGCUGUCUGAUCAUCAGCCCUGCAUUCAUCGCUGCUGGUAUCUACAUCACGCUCAAACACGUCGUCAUCAACUUCGGAGAGCCAUGGUCCAGGCUGCGCCCGGCGUGGUACACAUAUAUAUUCAUCUGCGGCGAUCUCAUCUCGCUGGUACUCCAAGGCGCUGGUGGUGGUCUUGCCUCAGCCGGUGACCCAGGUUCCACCGAGCAGGACGUCGGUACUGAUCUGAUGAUUGCGGGUGUCAUCUUCCAGGUCGUUAUACUCGCUUUUUUCGGAUAUUUCCUUGUCGAGUACUCUAUUCGCACGCACCGCCGCCGCGAUCAGCUCUCGGCUGAGUCGAUGAGGUUAUUCAACUCAAUGCCGUUCCGCUGCUUUAUGUUUGCUGUCGGUAUCGCAUACCUUGGUAUCUUCAUUCGAUGUGUCUAUCGUAUCCCUGAGCUCACUGGCGGUUGGCGGAGCGAGCUGAUGCGCAACGAGGUUGAGUUCAUCGUGCUUGAGGGUGUUAUGAUCGUCAUGAGUGUUGCUGUGCUCACUAUCUUCCAUCCUGGAUACUGCUUCCCUGCGCUCGGCAACACCAUUGGCAAGAACAAGAAGGCACCGCGUGGUAAGAGCGUGGACGAGACGUCGGAUAUGGAGAUGGUCGCUGGCCGUUAA